CACCCCAAACAUAGUAGCUAGCGAAAUCUGAAUGUACUUUCACUGGACAGGGAAAGCUUUAAUUUCCUGCGAAACAUUACUUGUAGCGACUUUAGGUACUUAUAAUUGUUAGCUUUAAGCUACGUCGUUCUCGUCAAGGCAAAUUACUCAUGUUUUGUUAAGUAUUCAUGUUUUAAACGGCGGUGAAGCAGAGGCAUGCUAACUAGCUGAUGCUACCAUGUUGUCUGAACUAUUGCAAGGCACUGAUACUGGGGCGGUUCUUAUAAUACAAGAUUCUUGUAGUUAUUCUGGGCAGCACCUACUUAAGAGCUUCAUCAGUGCCGCAUUGAACAAAGAAGAACCUGUCCACGUGCUUGGUUUUGAUGUCAGUGAGGAAGAACUGAAAGAUGGAUUAACAGCAUCUACUCAGAGGUUGCACUUUCACAGUGCUUAUACGGACCCCCUUGGGUGGACUAAUCGGUCGGCUUUUACAGUUCACCAGUUUUGUGUGGAGGAACUCACUCAUCUGCUCAAACAAACAUCACACCCCAAACCAGUGACUUUAGUAAUCGACUCGCUGUCAUGGAUAUUGAGACAUGUGAGUCCACCUGCUGUCUGCAAGACUCUUCAGCAGCUUAAGAAAGGGGGAGCCGUGAGAGCUGUUAUUGGUCUGCUCCACGCAGAUAUGCACCAGAGCGGUACUGUGGGAAGCGUCUGCCACUUAGCUACUUCAGUUAUCACAGUGGCACCUGGAACGAAGGGAGAUGAAGCGGUGGCAAAAAUAACAAAGCGAUCAAAGUCGGGGAAAGUUACGCAAGAUGAGGAGAUAUUCAGCAUCAAAGGGGAUUUCUCAGUUACUGUAGUGAGUAAAACCAGCCAUGCUGGACACAGACAGACUGAAGCAGAGGAACAGCAGACGGACCCAACAGCUAACUUGACCUUCAACAUUCGCCUGUCUGACACAGAGCGCGAGGCCAAGGAGAAACUUGCUCUUCCCUUUGUCUUCAGCAAAGAGAAGAAAACCGCUCUGCUCCAGUCGGGCCCAGGUUCCGGUCGAAUUCUGUAUGAGCCCGAUGCCAACGAUGACUACGACCAGGAGGACCCUGAUGAUGAUCUUGAUGUUUAGAUUUAAGGCAGGAAAAUCUGCUGAAGAUCCACGUUUCAUCUGCUUUUUUGCCAUUGAAGGACUGAAAAGCUUUCAAUGCUUUAAACUUAUUUCAUGUGUGCUAUCUGUUGGAUAUGUACGAGACGUUAUCAGUUCACUUUUUCUAAAAUAUAAACUAUAUAUUUUUUUUGUUUGUGGAUAAAAUUUAUUUUUUUCUGGUUUAUUUACAAAAUAAUUUAUUUUUGAUUUCGUGACUUUUGCACUGAAAUGACUGUUUUUUUCACACUAUGAUUUAUUACAGUGACUGGCACAAAAAUAAAUGAGAGUUCACAAGUGCUUAAAGAAAGACAAAAAAACCCAAAACAGGUUUCUCUUACACAAAACAGUAUUUAUUACUUGUGUGCAUCUUAAAAAUCCUGGAUAUCUGUUCUUCUGCCACAUCCUCUAAACAUCCUAUAGUAGGAAUUAAAUCAAAUGCUGCUCACAACCAGAAAAUGUCCCAGAUAUAUAUUGUCUCAUUGGCAAAAAUGAUCUCAAACCAGUUGCUCUUUUGUGUA